CUUCUUAAUCUGUGGUUAGAGCGCAAUUGUGAGCAUUGAUUACGAAAUGUUUGUUUGUAUUUUCUUCACGUUAAAUUCGUAGUUUUAUCAAGUGCAACAUAUAAUUAGUAACUUUUUUUUUCACUUCUCCUAACAAUUGUGCACCCUUUUUAUUUUUAUGCCUUUUCUGGAUUUACUUAUAACAGUAAUAAUUGAAAUUAUUACAUAUGCAAUACGUAUUACCGCUGUAUGAAUAAACAUUGAUUAUUCGGAACGUGUUUAAAAUUAAAGGAUGGCUGUAAAAAAAUGUUCCAUAGAUCAUUGUUAUUCUUCAUCUUCGAGACACGAAGACCUCGGCGUAACAUACCACAAGUUUCCUAAAGACCCAAUAUUAUGCAGUGCUUGGGUUAAAGUAACACACACAAAACCUACUAACAAUGACAAUCCUGCAUAUGUUUGUUCAAGACACUUUUGUAGAAGUGAUUUUCAAGUAUAUCAGGAAUCGAAAUAUGUAUUAAAGUCAGGUGCCAUACCAUCUAUAUUUGCGUGGAACAUGGAGGAUGAUAAGGAAAUAAUAAAAAAUGAUUUUGAGGACAUCUUUGAAAACAAUCAUAGUGAUAAAGUAAAUACAUCAAACAGUAGUAAGGAGUCUGAAGUGGAAAACUUAGAGAAUAUAAGAAGGUUUAUUGAACAAGAACAAAAACAACAGCAAAAUUCACCACAGAUAAUAAGUAAUGUAGACAAUAAAUGUAGCGAUCCAUUUGACACAAUUGCUUUAAAUACUUUGGAUGUGAUACAUAAACAACAAGAACCGACAGUUGAAAAGAAUAUAAUGAAUAUGAUUUUGAGUGAAACAGAUGUAAAACUUGAUGAGAAAAAAGAUGAAAAAGUACAAACUAAACCUUUUAUAAGCCCAGACAAAGGUAUAGUUGCUCUAACUGUUGGUUCCAAAGUGGAAGCGAAAGCUUUUAGUGGAGAGUGGUAUCCUGCAGAGAUAGUUGAGGUUGAUUAUGAUGAGAUGGAAGUUUUGGUUCACUACGAAAACGAUUCAAAGAAGCAUGACGAAUGGAUAAGUGUGAAUAGUUCGAGAUUGCGACCAUACAUACCAAAAACAGAGAAGGUAGAAGAAACAGAACCACAAAUGGUUCCGCCACCAGUUAUUAUACCAGAGGCUAGUCAGGACAAAGAAGAAAGUGCAUCAAAGAAAAAAAGGGAAACAUAUGCUAUUGGCGAGAGGUGUUUAGCGCGAUGGCGUGAUAAUCGCCGGUUUUUAGCGACAAUAUGUGAUGAUUUAGGGGAUGGUCUAUACGAAGUAGUGUUCGACGAUGGAUUCCGUUUGAAGUUAAAUUCAACACGUAUAAGCAAAUUAAAAGACACACAAGUGAAACAAUUUACAGAACAAAUUUCCGUUGACACAUCCAUGUCACCAACGACAUUAUCAGCUGUGGCGCCAGGUAUUGGGCCAGUCGCUUCUUCAUCUAGUCCUAUAUUGAACACCCCGUUAUAUCACACACAUUUAUUUGAUCCCACUCGCGACUACCUGGGCUCGAAGAGUGAACGUCGCGAAAUGAAACGCAAGCUGAAUAUAAAGGAAAUAUUUAACAUUGGACAGAAGAAACGGAAAAUUAACACGCCGAAGGAAAAGUCACAACCGUUAGAGAAGAAACCUAGAGUCGCGAAAAAGAAAUGGAAGAAAAUUAAAAAGUUGAAUGUUGAAAUUAAACAAGAAGUACCAGAUGCUGUGGCAUCAAUUAUCGGUACGGUUAACGCAAUAAAAAAAGAAGAUACGUUUCAAAAGAGUGAGGUGCCUCAAUCUUCAAAUGUUGAGGAAAGCAAUGAUAAAAUAACCUUGGAAGACUUAUUGGAUAAAAAUUACACUACUGAUGUUGCCAUGAAUGCUAUGUCUGAUAUGUCUGAUGCAUCUGAAUUCAAUAGCUCAACAGAUCCGGUGUCGAAAGAAGAGGAAAAGUUGGAAAAGUUCGAGAAACCGGAUGAAAGUAAACACGAAGAAGUGCUCGAUAAAAUGAAGGAGGUAAUCAGUAAACUCGAGGGAGGUUUGAACAACAUAGAGAAGGUCGACUCUCCAAAAACAGAGAUCGAACCUGAAGUUAUUAAAGUAGAUCCGAUAAAUACAGAAGUAGAUAUGAAUAUAGCAGAGGUAGAACCAGUUAAUGUAGAAACAGCUAAUGUAGGAGAUAAUGUCGUAGAUUUCACUGUAAAGUUGGAGCCCGAGGAGCCGAUACAGAUCGAUACGGUUGGUACAUCCAGCGCGACGCUUACUACCGAAGGCGUAAAAACGGAAACGCGACCGAAGAAGGUGCCAUCUAAAGUGAAGAAAACUAAAAAGCUAAGGUUGUUGCAGGAGAAAAAGGUUAAGAAGCAGGUUGAGAAGGUAAAGAACGAAUUGGAGGAGAUGAAGCGGCAAGUCGAGGAAAUGCGGAAGGCGAUGCUGCAGAAGACGGAGGAGCUGUCGGAGCAGAGUCGCCAUGCUGUGAAGGAGAUGCCGGAGAGUUUCUUGCUGCCGGGCGAGUGGUGCUGCAAGUGGGUGGACGGAGAGCCAGUGGGCAGAGUACAGGAAUCUGAUGCCGAGCCCAAAGUGGAUGUAAACAACAAACCUGCCUUGCCGCGGAAAUCUGUUAUAGUGGAAGACAAGAGACUACCGCAAGGCUGGAAGAAAAUGAUGGUGCGCCGUAGCCUAGGACAAUCUGCGGGCAAGUGGGAUGUUGUCUUGAUAAGUCCAGACAAUAAGCGUUUCCACACGAAGCACGAAAUGCGACACUAUCUAGACCAAAAUGAGGGAUCUUUGAAACAAUUCGAAAGAGGCCUGCUAGACUUUGGAGUACAUUUGAAGCUUUCACGAAGAAUGGGAUGGGUUUCGUAUACUGGGAGUGCUCCACUCAACCCAUCACCGUUGGUGAGGAAGAAAAAACUUAGCCUCAAAAAGGAUGUGAAGAAAAAGUUGAAGAUCCGGAAACCUAAAGCUUUUCAAGUCAAAGAUGAAGAAAUUCCACAGGUCGAAGAUGAAUCGGUUCUUAAUGAAACACAAUUUCCCACUAUUGAAGAUGGUUAUGUUUACGUUGGUGCUCUAAAAGUUCAAGUAAUAGACAAUUUACUUCGAUGUCCCGCUGAGGGCUGUUUGAAGAACUUCAGGAAUAAUACCCUCAUAAAAAUGCACAUUAAGCAUUAUCACAGAGAGCUGAAGAAAAUGUUAGGUGCGACGCCUAAAGUUUUGGACUUGGCGUACGCUAGAACGCGGCCAACUGCCGCCGAGAUAAAACCAAAGAGCGAAAGUAAAGUAAUAAAGGUUAAAAUUCCUCGGCCUCCGAAACGGGAAGAAAAAACGGAGUCUAAAGAACCCCCACCAGAAUUAAGAGUCAAUUUAACACCACUUCCGCCUGAAGCGAUUCCUAAACAGGAAGAUUCGCCCAAACUGCGACAAGCGUUAGUGCCUAAACCAGUAAAACGACCCAAAGUGUUGCUACCAGUUCGUAGACCAGAUCCUGAACCAGUGCCUGAAGUAGAAGAAGAAGUGGAGACCUACGAUGUUCCCCAGCAAAUAGAGGUAGAAGAUUGCGUGGACUUCGAAACAGCAAUUUCCACUCAUACGGUGACGAAACCCUGUGAAUUCUUCAAAAAGACUGAGAAGAAACGGAAGCUAUUCCCCAAAAUGGCGGCCAGUGAGGAGGACGAGUGGCUAACAAUGAAUUCUGACUAUGAGACACAGUCAAGUUUCCCCGGAUCGUGUACGCCGGAUUCGAAAACUAUGGAAAAAGUGCCGACUCCAAAUCCAGCUGCCUCUUCGGAGUCUAACGAGGAGCAGAAGGAAUGCGAAAUGUAUAUGUACACGGAGACUGGUGAACGCAUAAAGAUUGAGCACAUGAAGCGCGAGGAGAUAAUAAACUGUCACUGCGGCUUUCGCGAGGAGGACGGGCUGAUGGUGCAGUGCGAGCUGUGCCUGUGUUGGCAACACGCCAUGUGCCACAACAUACAUAAGGAGUCGGAGGUGCCAGAAAAAUACACGUGCAGCAUUUGUUUGAACCCAAAACGCGGUCGACGAUCAAAGCGUUUCAUUCACGAUCAGGAUAGAUUGUAUGAGGGAUUACUGCCGGGGGCGAAGCCUUGCGAAUUCCUCAGACGGUCCCACGAACUUUCUGGAAACUUGCUGAGGAUUCAAGACGCUCUACACGCGAUGAGAGUCAAGUACUAUGUAGCUACUAAAAAAGAUCAUCCCAAACUGUACCUAUGGGCAAAGGACUGGGAGAACUCCGAGAUAAACUUAACGCAAGAGCGGCUCAACUCUGACUACUCAGAUUUGAACAUCAUCAUAAAUAACAUUGGCAAAGAGAACAUGCCGGUGAAGAGUCAAGUGGAUACUCUAGACGAUGACGGGCGGGUCACUCCCAGAGAUGCGGCUCAGUUGAAUCUGUCUGGAACCUUCUCUGGGAUCGUGCCGUUGGACUUUCCGAUAACUACGUCGGAUUUGGAGAGGAUGGCCAGGACGAUGCAGGAGCAAGAGCCGCGCGUGUGCGCGCCGCAGCCGGAGGCGGCGAUCGAGAACGGCGCGUGCCGCGAGCGGCUGCUGCGCCACGUGCAGCGCUGCCAGGCGCUCAUCGACGCGCGGCUCGACUCCAUCGAGGCGCAGGUGGCGGAGCUGGAAUCCCAAGAUCCAUCAUUUGAGGACGACGAAACAGCAGAUUAUUUCCCGCGAACCAAACAAACUAUACAGAUGCUCAUGCGGGACCUCGACACUAUGGAGGAACUAGGAGUCGUUACUUAGUCUAUACACAUGCCCUGCUUUUGUCACAUAUAAAUCAUAAAACAUAGCUUCCCGAUAUGAAUUGAAGUAUAACCAAAUACAACUUGUCAGAAAUAACUUUAGUUGCUUCCAAGUUUUUGAUCUGUGUCUAUAAACGUUUUUGCUAAGUUGCUUCUGAAAGAAGUUAUUUGAUAAGCGUUGUAGAUUGGUGUUAAACUGGGUGUAAAACCUGGUAUACGAUUUAAGAGCAGAAUGUUGGUUACAUUGUAUUUAUCACAACAUGAACAAAUCGUUAAAUAUAUUGGCAUACAUAUAUUGGUUUUUAUGUCAUUCAAUUUUGUUACAAUACAUUUACUAUGUACCAAAAAGAAGAUAACUGUUGAUGGUGAGAAAUGAAUUUCAUUACAGCAUUUUUAAUUUUCAUAGUAACUUUUUAGUACAAACCAAAACAAUGCUUUUUUAAAUGUUUUCCUGCUCAUAAUAUAUUAUUAUUAUAUGUUUGAAGUGUAUGAACUUCAUUGUACAUAAUAAGCAAAGCUUUAAAAAUAAAUAUAGAUAUAAA